UAUGAAUAUUCCAAAGACCCGGAAGUGGGGCGUUACUGCUGUGUUGCUGUCGAGUCACCUCUGUAAGGAUGGAGAAAAACGAACUGCUAUCAUGCUGAUUAAUGAAGGAUCCUGACAAGCGAGCAUCACAAACAGACAUAUUUAGACUAAAGCCGUUUCUCUUAAACUGCUGCAUCGUUUCUGUAACGCUUUGCCAAAAUGAUGGAAGAAAUCGACAGAUUCCAAGUGCCUUCGGUCAACGGGGAGACACAGCCUCUGGACCCAGCAGCAUCCUCCACUUCAGAUGCAGACCCUGACACUAAGGGAGAGACUGUGGCCAUAAACUACAAGCCCUCGCCACUGCAAGUCCAAAUAGAGAAACAGAGGGACCUUGCCAGGAAGGGAUCAGUGAAGAAUGGCACAGUGGGAAGUCCUGUCAAUCAACAGCCCAAGAAGAAUGCCAGGACAAGGUUGGUUGUGCCAAACAAAGGCUACUCCUCUUUAGACCAGAGCCCUGAUGAGAAGCCCCUGGUAGCACUGGACACUGACAGUGAUGAUGACUUCGACAUGUCCAGAUACUCCUCAUCAGGAUACUCCUCAGCCGAGGUGAGAUGUCUGAGGGACCAGCAGAUCAACCAAGACCUGAACAUCCAGCUGCUAAAGGAUGGGUACCGGCUCGAUGAGAUUCCAGAUGAUGAGGACCUGGAUCUGAUCCCGCCUAAAGCAGUAAACCCCACCUGCAUGUGCUGCCAGGCUGCUCCCUCCACAGCCUGUCAAAUCCAGUAGCACCAUCGCUCCCCCCAAAAAGUCCCCCAGCCUGCCACCUGCACUGAGGCCAAGUACCGAGCAGAAUGGCAGCGAGUAGGCAUAACUGUCAACUGGCAAUGGCACAAAGGGAAAAUAAGGGUUUUUAAAUGCUAAAUAAGAAAAGGAAAAAUAGGUCAAGUCUUGAGAAAAGAGUCAAUAUCUACAGCAUAUGUGCAUGUUCCUCCUAUGGUAGGAUCUGUGCAACUUAUUUCUCCAUUGUCUGUUCUGUGUGGACUUGACUGAUGGCAGAAACUUUACCUCUAAGGAAACCAUGAUAUUUUUGCCUCUCCAUCAUUUGACUUCAGUUUCAUGCUUGUGGAUAUUUUGGUUUGCAAGGACUACGAAGGAUUGUUCAGUGUGGAAGAAGAGAAACAACAAAAUAAAUGGAAUGACAGGAGCUCAACCAAA